ACUGCAUUGACAGUCAUGUGAUAGUGGAUAUUGUGACGUCAGAUGAGUGAAGUCUUAGCCAAGAUGGCGGCUGCUGGAGGAGAGCCCUCUACCCAGAGUGGUCCGGAUGAUUUGUUCAAUCAUUUCUACACAGAGGUAAAGCAGAUAGAGAAAAGAGACUCUGUGCUAACCUCGAAGCAGCAAAUAGACAGGCUGCUCAGACCUGGGUCAUCCUACUUCAAUUUAAACCCGUUUGAGGUGUUACAAAUUGAUCCAGAGGCAACAGAUGAGGAGUUGAAGAAGAGGUUCAGAGCGUUGUCCAUCUUGGUCCAUCCAGACAAGAACCAGGAUGAUCCAGACAGAGCACAACUAGCCUUUGAAGCUGUGGACAAGGCAUACAAAAACUUGCUGGACCCAGAACAGAAGAAGAGGGCAGUUGAUGUGAUCCAAGCAGGAAGGGAAUAUGUUGAGCAUAAUAUGAAAGAGAAGAAGAAACAGCUGAAGAAGGAUGGGAAGCCUCAAUUCUUGGAGGAGGAUGACCCAGAAAUGUUCAGACAGGCGGUGUACAAGCAGACUAUGAAGCUGUUUGCAGAGCUUGAAAUCAAGAGGAAGGAGCGGGAAGCCAAGGACAUGCAUGAAAGGAAAAGGGCAAGAGAGGAAGAGAUUGAGACGGCAGAGAAAGCUAAGCGAGAGAGGGAAUGGCAGAAAAACUUUGAGGAAACAAGGGAUGGGCGAGUGGACAGUUGGAGGAGUUUCCAGGCAGGCAAAAGCAAGGCAAAAAAAGAGAAGAAACCCCGGUCCUUCCUGAAGCCUCCUAAAGUCAAGAUGGAGCAGAGAGAGUGACGUCUGUUGAGAUGUGAGGUUUAAGGAUACUACCUAAAGGCUACAUCCCGAUUCUCCACCCUUUUCCAGAAGUGUGUGCUUGCACACUCCACGUGAUGUUUAAAAGCAUAUGAGUGGUGUGUAAGCAUUGGCUGGAGGGAGUUUCCACCAUUGUAAAAAUUCCACCAUAGCAAGUGUACACUUCGAGAGAAGGUUGGAGAAUCGAGACUCAGCCCAACAUUCUUACUUACACUUGACAGUGCAUCCACCCUCCUGAGAAAUGUAGUUUUUGUGCUUGUUUUUUUUUUUUUUUUAUGUACAUAAUUGUGAUCUGCAACCUCCAUGGGACCAUCACACUUACUGUCCUCAAUCAAAGUAGAAAAGAUGACAGGAAAUCUUCCAUUUCUGUAACUACCUUAGUUUGACUGGACUUUUUGUGCUGUAUUUCUUUUAUUUUAUUUUUUUUUACCUUUAAAUAAAAGCUUGUUUGUAACAAGCCAAUUUUGUGGUCUACCAAGUAUUGACUCCGAAACAAGGCAAUCUAGUUGAGGGUAGAAUAAUGAAAUCCUUAGCUAACGACUGCCUUGUAUUUGUGUUCGUCAAUAGGUACAAGAUGCUAUAACAUGUUAUUAAGGAAUUUUCCCCUUACUGUGAAACACAAGGAGAAUAUCCAGCCACUCUUGGAGGACAAUGGGAGUAGUUUACUCCUCUAUUCAGGCACCGUGGUUGUAAAGUGAGGAAGAGAGUAUCCCCACAUCUCAAGUAUCCUGCCAUCCAGAUUAUUUUUUUUUCCCUUUGCAAGUAAAUAAGAAUUUGUUCUUUGGCGGCCCAGGAACAGUGGGUUAACUGCCUUGUUCAGGGGCAGAACGACAGAUUUUUACCUUGUCAGCUCGGGGAUUCGAUCUUGCAACCUUUCGGUUACUAGUCCAACACUCUAACCACAGGGCUACCUGCAGCCCCGACGAUCUGCUCAUCACAGUUUCAAACCCACAGUGGGUUGGGAUUCUACUACAAAGGUAGCGUCCCAAUUGGCAUCCUAUUCCAUAUAUAAUGCACUACUUUUGACCAGAGCCAUAUGGGUCCUGGGGGAAAGAAGUGCACUAAAAAGCAAAUGGGGUGUCAUUUGGGACAGAGACACAAAUCCACUCCUAUUCCCAUGAUGAUAGCCCCUCUGAUUUUGUUUUCUCCAAUACAUUAAAAUAUGUUACCCCAACUGACCAUUGGUCGUGAUCCUAUACCUAUCAUCUAACCGCUAGUAGUGUUCUUUAAUUAGCAGUAGCAUUGUGCAUCCAUUCUGUUUUCAUAUCAAAUGUUUAAUUGCAGCAGUGUUUCACUCAAUCUACAGUACCAGGGAAAGUCGAAGCCUAGUCUGUGAGAGCUGUUUUUCUGUCAGUUGAACUGUAAUCGUUACACUAUAACAAUAAAAAUGUCCAAGAUAUUCUUA